AUGCGCGGCGAAAGACUGCGCCGUUUUUCAGGCUGCGCUGAUGGAUAUCGUCUCGUUCAAGCAAACGCUGUAGUUUCUUCUGCUGGACCGGGAAAGUUUGGUGGAUUCUUCACAUAUGUCACUUCCUGUGCUGAGCUAUGCGCCAACAACUACGGACUAGUACAAUGCAUUGGAUUCGCUUAUGAACCCGACAAUCGAGGUAGAUUCUUCUAG